AUGGACUUGGAAGAUGAAAGCGAUCCCGGGCUGGCGGGACUCAGCCCUGAAUUCCAGGCCAUGCUUGGCGGCUUAUCCGGGCACAUGGCCUCCGUCUCAAAGAUGCUCGAACAGCGCACCCUGCCAAAGGAGCAGGCAAAGGAUAAAGACGACGAGGUAUACCUAGACUCGUAUGCGGAUUUGGCCAUCCACGAGGAGAUGCUUAAAGACACCGUGCGUGUUGAAGCAUAUGCAGCUGCCAUCGAGCACUAUUCGAGCACGUGGCAAGAUAAGACCGUCGUCGACGUUGGUGCUGGGACUGGGCUGCUCUCCGUCCUUUGUGCUCGAUCAGCGAGAAGGGUCAUUGCCAUCGAAGCAUCCCGGCUCGCACACUUCUUGCAGCAGGUGGUGGAUGCCAACUGUUCAAAGGGAGCCGUCGAGGUUCACGAGUGCCUUGCCGAGGAUUUCAGUGACCAGACUGUUGAUGUGAUUGUGAGUGAGUGGAUGGGGUAUUGCCUGCUCUACGAGAACAUGCUGCCGUCGGUCCUAUCUGUUCGGGAUCGAUGUCUAAGAAAAGGUGGCCAGAUGCUGCCAUCGAAGUGCCGCUUAAUGAUGGCACCGAUUCAGGACAGCUGGCGACAGGAGAAGCUGGACUUCUGGCGCUCCGUCCGUGGCAUCGACAUGUCCUCGCUGGUCCCUCUGGCCACUGCCACGCUUUGCGCAGCACCUCAACAUCGCUUGCUGGAUCCCAAAGCGCUUUUGGGAGAUGCAAUCGAGAUCCUCUUCAUGGAUUUGCAUACGGUGCAGAUUGAGGAGUUGGACCAGUUUCAAGCUGACAUCGGAUUCACUCUCCCGGCAGGCAGUCGACUGGAUGGCAUGGUCGCAUGGUUCGAAUGCGAGUUUGGAGAUGCCGGAUGGCAGCUUUCUACCUCCCCGUUGAAGCCUGCAACACACUGGAAGCAGACUGUCUUCUAUUUCCGAGAUCCGGUUGAAGGUGGUGGUGGUGCGCUCGCAUCAUGCCAUAGAGCCAUAGAUGGAGAGGCUCGAAAGGUGUGCUGGUCGCGGAUGUCCGCACAGGACGAGCUCUCCGAGCCAUGGAAGCUUGGGACUAGAGCUGUUCGCCCCGUGCGAUGGGCAUACGUUGGUGCUUGCCGAUUUCUGCACAAAUUCCUUUUGUUCCUACCUGAGCAGGCGAAGUACGCUCAGCAAGCGUUCCACAGAUGCAUUGUGGAUGGUUCCAGUCGAAUCAGCAAGGUCAGCUUGACAGGUACUGUGCGGUUUGUCGGGACGACACAGUUCGCGCCUGGAGACUGGAUUGGAGUAGAGCUGGACCGGCCGAUUGGAAAGAAUGAUGGCAGCUUGAAUGGUGUCCGUUACUUCAGCUGCAAGAAGAAACGUGGGAUCUUCUGCAAGCCCACGGCUCUGAUAUUGUUGGCUGAGCUCGAAGUCGGAACUCCCGAUAGAAAAACUGAAGACUUGGUCCAAAAGUCCCAGACGACCGAGUCGCCGGACGCUCUCGAAGCCAGCAGUGGCUUAACCCUUGCAGCCGACACGGACAGCGCUCCUGGCGAGGGGAGUUCUCCCAAUGCAGCUGCCGCAAGCAAACGCACGGAUCGAGCUGACGAGGAUCUGCAGUCCCCACCGCGACAGCUGCAGUUCGAGCAGUCGGAGUUGAAGCUAGAGGUUCUAUCUGAUGGCUCAAAACCGCUGGUUGCCGUCGGUGAGCCCGCCACCGACUUGGACCGCCUCGGCUGCAAACAGCCCGAAGAUGCAGACUUUGUUGGUGGGGGCGAUGAAGGUGGUGGCGAGAAAGAAGGAACCAGAGACCUCCGGUCGCCGUACAUGCGAAAGUUGGCAGGUGCAGACCCCUGGGCCAGUGAGAGCAGCUGCGGGGGAUCCAUAGUGGUGGCAGAGGAGGACCUUGCUACCCCAAAUGAAGCGGAGACAGCAUGGUUUGCCAAAGUCCAAGAUCUGGCCAAGCGCGGCUUAAAGCUGGGGCAUGUUCUGAGCUUCUACCAGAGCUUGGCAGAAGGCACCCUUUGUGGCGAUGAUGGGCGAAAACUGAUGUCCCAUUUUAACCCCAAGAAGCAUACAACUCAUGAUGUCGUUCGUGCCGCAAUCAUCCCUGCGACUAAAGUCACGCCCUUUGGGAGCUGUGCAUACUCGACCUUGGCAGAAGCAAACAAGCCUGUGCUGGCAACGACUAUGGUCUCUCACCACUGGCGGAACUUGUUCUGUCACUUGGUUGCAGCCUUGAUUGCGUACGCCUUGGGCGAGACGAGCUAUGCUGCUAUAGUGGAUUCAUUGGAGGACGGUGACUUUGAAGGCUUGCGUCAGCGGCUCGAUCGUCGAGAUGCGCUGCACAUGACAUUCUGGUUGUGCUUGUUCUGCGUUAACCAGCACGCGAGCAUAUGUGGGGGUCUACCCUCUGCGCCGGCACCAUCUAGUCCAGAAGAGCAUGUCAAGGCACUGGAGUAUCAUCACAGAGAGACGCAUGAUCCAGUUACCGGGGAAAAGUUCAAUGUUUGCGAUUGUGGCACCACCAAACACUGGAACAACUCGACACUGUGUGAGAUGGACAAGUUCGAUGCCAUGAUGGCAGUGUUGGACAAGGAGGUGCCGGGUGCUAUUCAGCGGAAACUGAGUCACAUCAUCGUGGUCGACCAAGCUUUCGAAGUUUUCUCCCGCAUCUGGGUCAUGGCUGAGAUCGCAAAAGGGCAAGAAUUGGAAUUGAACCAGGUCGCCAUGCUCUUUCCGCCUCCGGAGAGAAUGAAGGCUUCGGCCUCUCGCAGGAGCUUGGUGCCAGCCAGUGCGGCAGCCGAGGUUGCACGUGUCCGGGAAACACUGGACAUCCGCAAGUGCAAAGCAAGCCGGCAAGAGGAUGUUGAUGCAAUUCUGGCCUCCAUUCCAGAUGUGGACAAGUUUAAUGCGCAUCUAAAGACAGUGCUUUUCAACGAGGGGUCAGGCAUUCUGGAAACAUGGAGUGCAGAAAGGUGCGCCGGUUUUUUUGAUGUUAUAGACCCGCUGAAGGAACUUGUGGAGCGAGAGCACUGGAGUGCACCACAGGUCAUUAUGCUUGGUCAGGAAAGCACUGGUAAGUCCACGCUGCUGGAAAGGCUAACGGGUCUGCCAAUUUUCCCCAGAAAUGCCGACCUUUGCACCCGUUCCCUCAUAAAGGUGUGCUUGCGGAGGGGGCCCUCUCGAAAGUUAAGAUUACUUGUGCAAGACAUCCUGUCGCUACAGUUCGAUGACGAAAACGGAGCGGAAGUUGACUUCGAUGAGCUGGGUGCUGCAGUGAUGAAGGAAAUGACACGGCAAGUUCGGCUUGAAGCUUUGAGGCAAGAAAUGCCGAACAAAGACCCUAGCUUUUAUUCUGCCACAGUCAGCGAUGCACCGCUGCAGCCGUCGGAUGGACUUUGCACAAAGAAGGCUUUGGUCAUUGAGCUUAGCUCACCGAAGGCACCAAAUUUGGAUGUCGUGGAUUGUCCAGGUUUGGUUGCUGCUUCUGCCAGAGGUCGUCCAGCAGAUGUUGCACAGGAAACUGCGGGGCUGGUGAGAACUUUUGCCAAGAAGCAUCGGAAUUCCGCCCUGUUCGUAGUUGCUGUCAAGGCAUCAGAGCAGCCGAACAACUCCUUGGCAAUGCGUUUGGUCCAGGAGCUUGGGCUUGAAAGCAGAGCUCUGGGUGUGUUGACCAUGACAGAUGUGCUGACCGGGGACUUAACAGAUGGAGAGACCUGCCUGCACAGCACAUUCCUGAAGCAUCAUGGCCCUCGGCUCCUGCAGCUCUUGCAGGGAGCAUCAGAUGCGGGUGGUGGGGUGCCUCUUGCACUGGGCUACACUCUCACCGCUUUGAACGAUGUUGGUGAAGAUAAGGGGUGGUUGAGCCUGUCGCGGGUGGAUGCAAUGGCGCAGUGGGAAGUAAGAUAUUUUAAGCAGCUUGCGACUCAAUGGAGAGCAGGCGCUGCGGAGGAUUUCAGCACUUUGCUGCAAAGCAGGACAACCUGCAACAGUCUUUGGCGGCACAUCAAGGAUGCCGUGGAUGACUUCGUCCGUGACAACUGGUUAAGUGACACUAUCAAAUUGGCUCGAGAGCACGAGGCACUAACAGCAGCUCGCGAACAGGCUCUUGGCCAGCCAAGGGCCAUGGCUCCGCACCACGUGGCAGAACUUCGCUUUCAGACUGACCUGCUUCCUGCUUCCCUUCGUGCCGUAGCCUCUUUUGAAGACGAGGCCCAUGAAAGUCCACGGGAUCCAACCAUCAAAAACGGGCAAAGAGCUGUGUCCAGUUCGUUGAUCCAAGAAAUAUUUGCCAGCCGUUUUCAGGCGAUAGUCGUAAGUGUGCUGGCGAAUCCUUGGCAGAGCGGCGGCUUCUACCACACUUUGGUACAGCGGCUGCAGCAGGACCUGUUGAGUGCAGUGCCGGAAGACAUAGCCCUGGGGCCGCCACCCAAGGGCACUUUCGACUGGCCGAAGCAGCUUGAGGUUUGCUUGCGCAAGGUCGAGCAUGAGAUGCUACGUGCUGUGUUGGACGUAAAGCAACACGUGCAAGCCAAGCUGGACGCCGUCCUGCAGGCAGACACUACGCCGGAGCGCAUUGGACGAAUGAAGCUAGCGAUAGAAUCUCUGAAGGCUCUGCUUUGGCAAGACAUGAAGAUGCAGGACUUCCCUCCUGGAGAGGUGCUGUUCUCAACCUUCCCGUUGAAAGGCAUUGGCGAAGCACUGGGCAUUGUCGGUCAGCUGGAGACAUGCCCGUUCGCUCGUGUAGAGCACCUUACGUCUGCCUUUAGCUUUUCGCUGAAGCUGGAUUCGAGACAGAUUGUAUCGCGCUGCAGUCUUCACUUCCAUCGUUUCCUGGAAUUUUUUUUCACGGAACUGCCAGCGCAUGUGGUAGAUGUGUGUAAGAAGUUGCCAAAUGACCAGUGGGUUGAGGACUGCACCGAAGAGCGCUUGAAACUCCUGCGUCAUUUGCAGAACCUGCGAUUGGCCCAAGCUCGCCUGAAGGAUGCGUUUGGAGAGGAGCACUUCGAAGAAGCGGUGGAGCAAGUGACACGGCAAGAUGACAGCUUGGCAGUGCCACGCAAGCAGACCGACGAACACGCUUCUGUUGCCACGGCCACGUCCCGAAACGAGGAGGAAGUGAAUGCUGCAGUUGCUACAUGGAAAGAGACUCUGCAUGAGCGCGCAUGGGGUUUCUUCUCCUCUGAGGAUGAGCUCAACUCAGUCUUGCAGCAGGUAGCCGAAAACACAGAUGCAGGUACCGAUUUUCGAGAAGGGGAGGCGGAUGUUCUUUGGCGCGGUGAUUGUACCGGAUCGGAGCCUGUUCUGUGGAUACAGCGAGACGAUGCACCUGCAACGCAGACCUAUGUAAAUCGCGUACUGGCUGCUCUUUUCGUGGAUGAUGAAUCUUUCGCCCAACUGUCAACACUGCCGAAGGAACCCUUCCGAAUGACAUGCGGCGAUCAAGGAUGCAUUAAUCUGAUGCAUCUCCAUGUGCCAUAG